UCUGCGGGAGUGGGCCCCCCUUGUUUCUUGUAGGCUGAUUCACUUCAUUCAAUUCAAACCUUCACACUUGUUUCUUUCUGGAUUGUUCUUGCAACUUAGCAUUAUUUCUUUUGUAGAUGUUUAUAUGCUCCAUAUUUAGGGCCUGUUCAAGUAGGCUGAUAUGUCCAUAAAUGAGCCUAUAUCAUGGUCUAUUUGGCUGUUCAAGAUCAUGGGGUAUUCCAAGGAAAGCCCGUUGUUAAUGUUCGGGCCCGACCUGUUCACUCCAGGUAUGGGCUGAAACCAAAUCAGAAGCAGGAGGUGCUAAUUCAUUUCAUGUCUCGAUUUCCGGCUCCAGAUAUGGGAGCAUUUUACUAUUAUCACCCUGAAUCAUUCAAUAGAAGCUACUGAUUUUCCCCCCUUCUACAAACGUUGCCCCAUUAUCUACUGACUUUCUGCAUCUUUUCACCAUCCUUCAACUCAUAUUCCCAAUUGGAUUCCCCUAAUUUUCAGUUUCCCCCAAAAUCAUGGACCAUCAAUUUCCGCUAACAUCCAAUCCCCUUCCUCUCUUCUUCGCCGGCUAUUUGCUCCUCUACCUCAUCGCCUAUUCAAUCAUCUUCCGCACCUGGGCCUCCAAGCUCCGCCCUGAAGCUUCAAGUUGCGCUAUCUCCCUAGCUCACGGCACCCCCGCAGUAUUCCUCGCCGCCCGCGCUAUUCUCUCCGACCCGGCCCCGGAUUUCCACUCCUCCAACACGCCGCUGCAAAGUCUCGUAUUGGAUUACAGCAUUGCCUAUUUCCUCAUGGAUCACGUCCACUAUCUCAUCUUCUACCCCACCGACGUCCUCUUCAUCGGCCACCAUCUCGCCACGCUCUUCGUCUUCGUCACCUGCCGUUACCUCGUCUACCACGGGCCCGUCGCUAUUCUCGUGCUCCUGGUGCUAGCGGAGGUCACCAGCUUCUGCCAGAACAUGUGGGCUUCCAAAUUGACGAGGGGGGCAAAGUAGGAAGUACAUAUAUUAGGCAAUUGAAAAAAAAAUGAAAACAUUUUAACACCCCUCAAUUCCGGAUUCAUUCCUAGAAGCCUGAACACAAUGAACUCUUGGAUUAGAAGCCUGAUGGAACAGUACCAAAUCUGGAUCAAAUUAAAUUGUGGAUAAAUCUCUCCAACCAAC